AUGGUCUUGAUUACUUUUACAAUCAACUACAAAACAGAAUAUGGCCAAAAAGUACAAGUUGUAGGGAAUAUCCCAGAGCUUGGAAAUUGGAAUGGUGGUAUUGAUUUGGUUCCCUAUGAAAACAAUAUAUGGAAAGUGACUGCAAUAGUCCACACCUUACCUUUCGAGUACAAGUUUAAAAUAGUCGAGAGUAACACAAACAAAGUAAUUAGAUGGGAAUUUUUGGAGAAUAACACUAAUAGAAUGUUUUGCUUGAACAAACAAGCAGAUCAAAUCGAACUCGAAAUCACUUGGGAGCGACCUGAAGAUACAAAACAGACCAUAACAAUGGCUCGAGUCCUCAAAAGUGCAAUUAAGAAGUCAUGCUCCAAAGAUGUCCUCUAA